GACCGCUGAUGUCGAUCACGUGGUCAGUAUAGGCCAGCAGUGCAUAUUGUGAGGCACACACGGUGUCCUGGCACGCGCGGUUAAUUUGCAUUUGUAUGGAGAGCGUGAUAAUAUGAGUUGCUGCAGACACAAUAGGGGCCGUUUUUGAUCAGGUUCUACGGAUUGCCACCUGCCUUCUCCAAAGGGGGGAUGGUGCGUCUUAUGCACACUUUAUUUUCACCAUGCUAUGCUAUUGUUGGUGUUCGGACACCUUCACCUAAAACUGAAAUCAGCCUACAUAAUCUUAAUCAGAGACAAUUCGGGCACUUUUAUGCACUUUACGCAGUUGUAUUAUUCAAUUGCCAAUCUUUGGAUGUUUAGUUUCAGUAGUAGUCUGUAGUCUGAUUUGAUAAAUGAUCAAUUGCAUACCCCUAAAGCAUCUUUCGAUGCCAUUGGCAUCAGUGCGGCAUUUGAAACUAUAAAAACUCAAGUAAACUUGCAAUGCAAAAUAUGACAGCCCAAAUCUCUAUUUUUAACAUGUAUAACAUUAGAAAUAUUAUAAAUGCAUAUGAACGUAAUGCAACAUAGUUUAUUUUCGGUUGGAGAGCAUGCCUUGCACAGAAAAAGACGAGCCGUAAUGACCCCUAUCAAUCUGCCAUGAGCUAGAGUGGGACAAUGACAUUAGCAUACCAAUGCACCAUUCGGGUCAACCAAUCAGAGCGCUGUGUAUUUACAGGGGCCACGAGCCCAAGGGUAUUAAAACGCAGCACAAUCUCUUCAGACUCACCAAUCUUUUCGGAUUUAUCCUCCGACUACACUACCUCUCACUUACGAAGUUCCUUUUGAAAUAUUCUGCAUCAUCAUGACUCUUGAGGAAGUUCUGAUCCAGAAGUUCGCUGAGCGUGCCCAGUGCACCGGCAAUGCACUAGAGGAAGUUUUGCUCUCUGCUAAAGAAAAUGACUGCCUGACGGUUGGUGUCUACGAGUCUGCUAAAGUUAUGAAUGUUGACCCAGACAGCGUGUCUUUCUGCGUUCUGGCCACCGAUGAGGAGUGGGAGUGUGACAUUGCUCUCCAGAUCCACUUCACCCUCAUUCAGUCUUUCUGUUUUGACAACGACAUCAGCAUUGUCAGAGUGAACGACAUGCAGCGCCUGGCCGAGAUUGUUGGGGACAAGACUGGCCAGCUUGAAGAUGCCCACUGCUGUCUUAUCACUAACCCAGCUGAUGGUUCUUGGGAGGACGCUGCUCUGGGGAAGCUGCACCUGUUCUGUGAGGAGAGCCACAGUCUGAACGACUGGGUUCCAGAGAUCACCCUUCUUGAGCGCUGAUCUGGGACUUGACUCUUCUCUCUUGAGAUGCUGUAAACCUUCAACCUAUAAGGAAAUACUCAUCCGUUUACAGGAUGACACUGUUUCUCAUCCCUGGAUACUCCUGAGGAGGAUUCCGAUCCAGGCAGCGCGAGGCCGGCCCGAGUGCCCCCCGCGAUUCGUUGUCUCUUGUCGGGUCCAUACCAAGAUGACUUCCAUUCUUUAUGUGAAUGAGGUCAGGUAUGCCACGAGAGCGACAAAGAUGGCCCUCAUUCAUUGUGCGGAUGAGGUUUGGAGAGAAAGGAGAAGCGAGUUCUGCAUUUUGUGGUCCAAAGAGCAAACGUCUCAAGUUGAAGCACGCGCAGUAGGAGAAGAAGCGGUGCCAAGAAGAAGCGUUCUUAAAGGGACUUUUUAAAAUGUCUUCUUGCUGAGCAGCAAUAACAACCGUUGCAUUCAGCGAAAUGUUUCCCACUUUCCAGAAUAGUCUUAAUUCUCUAAAGGUUUCACUUUAGAAAUGUAAUCAUGGCAAAAAAAGAAUAGCCCUUUAAAAAUAUAAGAAAAGGUAUUAGCUCCUAGGCCUAAUGCUCUGACGUUUUGACUUUAGAACGUUUAACGCUGUCAAAACCAAUACACAUUUAAUAAAUUGGGCAACUUAUAAUGCUCUAAGAGUUUCACUUUAGAAUGUGUUUAUUAACUUUGUAAAAAAAAAUAUAUAUAUUAACUUAUAAUGUUCUCACUGUUUAUACUUAAGAACAUUUCAUUAUGUUUCAAAUAAAAAAACAAGACAUUGAUUUAUAAUGCUUUCAAUGUUUAACUUAAGAAAUGUUUAUGAAAAAAAACAAUAACCUAA